CUCGACGUGGCGGCGAGCGAUCCCUCAUGGGCGGUCUUGAACAGAAGGAGGCCCUUGUAGCCCACGGACGAGAAGUCUUGCAGAAGUUUAGAGGAAAAGAAAGGAUUCCCUUUGCUGAGUCAAACCUGCAGGCUUUAUCGUCUUCAAGCACGACUGGCGACUCCACGCCCAAGAGCAAUUCCACCCAGCGACCUCGACAAGACAAGCUGUGGAAUUCCAUCAUGAACUCGCAUGUGGAAAACGGGCAAUUGUCUGAAUCCAUUGAACGAAAUGCGCUCAAGUUAGUGGACUACAUAUUGGCGAACGACAAGACACCCCAUUCGAACUUGGCCCAACUCGCAGCACCGAUCGCGUCGGCAUUGCGGCAGCUUUGUCACAGAAAGCAACAGCUCGAAGCAACCAUUCUUCGUGAUCUUCAGGUGCUUGGGCCUCCUCUCGUCGUGGACUCGACGACUAGCACGGAAUGGAUUACUUCUCCAGAUGUUCAGACCCUUGUCAACAAUCACACGACGGCUUUAAAAGAUGAGCUACAUGCUGCCCAGACCGUCAAUAAAUCCCUCGAAAUCAAGCUCAACGCGUACAAAACCCAGCUGCAGCAGUUGACGGGCAUUUCAUCGUCCGUCGACUCCACGACCGCACCAAAUACCUCUAAAAUCGCGAACACAGCCAAUUUGGCCACAUUGACGCGCCAAGUUGUAGAAAAAGAUGAACUAAUCGCCGCAUUGAAGGCCACUCUGGAUGACGUCGCGCGCGAAACUACUCAAAUGGAGAAGUUGAUAGUGGUGCAGAUGGACACUAUCGCCGAGCUCAAGCACACCAGUCCUGCUGGUCCCGUACCAGUACCGCUACCGGAUGGCGACAACGAAUCCAAGUCAACCCACCCAGAUUCUCAACAGAGCGAGGGUGAAUCCAUCCCGGCGGACGACGGACAGCUCCACAAGAUCGACGACUUUGACACGCCGCUUCCACCGGGAUGGGAAAUGCGCGUCACGAACAGCGGCAACGUGUACUUUGUCCAUACCAAGUCGAAAGUCACAACGUGGGUCGAUCCCCGGACGCACCCGAUUCAAGUUCAAACGACGGCACCUGGCGACCCGACUCCGUUCCCGACUCCGACGACCCAUUACUCGAUAGAGUUUCACGAGAAACGCCACAUUGGUAUCAUGUUUCAGCCCAACUUUCCUGUUGAUCAAGGGGCCGUUGUCCAUCGCGUGCUGCCUGACACCCCCGCCGCUCUGGCGAAGCAGGUUCAGCCAGGCCAUCAAUUGGUGGCUGUGAAUGGACAUCCGAUUCAAGACGCUGUGUUCAAGCAUGUCAUGCUCCUACUCAAGGGGGGAUACCGGCCACUUAUUCUGACGUUUGAUCGGGGUAUGUGGGCGGUGAAUAGCACUUCGAAUACGUGAUCCUGUUGGCUUUUAGGCCAUGCUGAACGGACCGACAGCAUUCAAUCGGACGACGACCUCACCCUGGCUGACCGGAUUAUCACGAGCGUCUUUGCCAUGAUGUGGUCAAUGCCUACGGAGGAAAAAGCUCCCGAGCACGUCUAGCCAUCGACCUGUGGUUCUAAAGCCGUAUUUAAAGAGCUCAUUUGGAUGCCAACGCUGCAAGUCGGAGGUGGUUCAAGGCAUGCUGCCAAGGUGUUUACGGUUGUUUGAACUGCUCGUGCAGCAGUUAGUACUGCAGUAGUAUGUACUAAACAGUCACAAGGAUGUCGGAUAAUACUCCGGA